GCUAAUGGCUGUCGGUCGUAUCCAGAGUUUAGUAUGGAUGAUUGGACCCAUGAAGAGGAUCUUUACGAUCUAAGCUACUCAGAAAUGCAUCACGAGAUGAUCAAGGAAAUUCUCCUACAUCCAUCUUUUCGAGAGAGAGGUUGAUUAUCCAUCCAAGCAGAAUUUUUAUUUUGUGGAGCAUUUGGUUAGGAAGCAAUAGGAGUCUUUUCAGCAUUGAGGGAUCUUGGGUGGUGGAUGUCAUCCCAGUUUAAUGCUUCUUUUGGGUCCAUACUUCAGGCCUUUGGAGUUCAAUGGUGUCCUUUUGGCAGCUUAGCUCGACUUCCUUCUUCUUUUGAGGAUGGUGACUUUUCUUCAACUGCUUAUCAUGACCUUUUGGGGCAACAUGCCAUUUUCGCCGAACAUACAGCCGUGUCGUCUGCCACUCAUCCUUGCCCGUAUAUUGCUUACUUUGGACCCAUCCAUCCAUCUUCAUCGAGUUCAAGUGCUUCAGAAGCUUCUAAUUUCAGCAAUCAUUGGAAUGGCCCAUCAGUACCUAGUGAAAUGCCAUCAUCUUAUGCAUUUCCUGCCGUGGAUCUUCAUUACCAAAACUGGGAGCAUCAUUCUCCGCCGCCCUUCUCCACGACGAACAAUCGUGUUGCUGGUGCUGAUCAGCCAUCGGUUGCAUCCGUUGCCCAAAGAUCUGCUACCAGAGUCGGUUCCGAAUUACCAAGAUCUGGAAGCGUAAUGCACCCCUUCCUUGUUGGUCAUAGCUCCGGUGCAAGAGUCGGAAGCUCAGUCGCUUCCUCAAUGAUUCCUCCCUAUCCUGGCAGCAAUGCACGUGCUCGUGAUCGAGUCCAAGCUCUCCAAGCAUACUAUCAACAACAACCCAGCACUACAGGAACCAUUCGCCCACCUGCAAUUUCUGGUGCCAGAAGAUCCAGUAGUCACAGAGGGCUGUCACAAGCACCCAUGGCCUCAUCGUCUGACCAACCUAGCGGCUUCUACUUCUACUCAUCAGCAUCAUCGGGUCGUAAUUUCCAACAAGAAAGCGGCAUGCCAAAUCGCUUUCACGCGUGGGAUAGAGAUCACUUGCCUUCAUUCGGGUUGAGCCAGAUGGAGAGAGAUCCAGGUUGGGGAGAGAUUCAUCAGGGUGCAAGUGUUUCCGAUCCAAGCAUCAGGUCUAGAAGCUUCCGUCAAAGGCAUGGUUCUGAGAGGACAUCAUCGCAGAACUGGUCAUAGGCCAACCAUCCCAUUUACUUAUCUUUUUCCGGUGAAGCAAAAACUAUCACUAUGAUGACUCGAAACUGAAAUUUAUGUAAUGAUUGGGAUGAUAUGUAAUGGCUGAGUCUUUGAUGUGUCGAUAGGACUCUAAAUGCUGUGAAAGCAGCCGAUAAAAGAAUGCUUGUUUCGGGGCUGCCGAUGUGGUCAGUGUGAUGAUGGACAUGGCUUCCUUGAGUUUGUCUGCCCUGGAGGGUUUACAGAAUAACACUAUGAAUUGGAUGGCAAUGCCUAAGAAAGAUUUGUAGGUCACAACCUUCCUGUAUCCAUCCAAUUCAUAAAGAUGUUUGGACUUGAUUUGGGUGCCUCCAGAGGGUCAGAUUAUUAAAUUUGGUAAAUGUAUUCUUGAAGUGAUAGUUGAAAAUAUUCAGUGUUUAUUUGUAAACAAUGAAAUGUGAUGGUUUCAGUAAUGUAUGAGCAGGCCCAGCUUUUGGUUUUA